CUCACGGACUGUGUCAUUUAAAGACCUCGGGUGGAGCUGUCGUCCUGACCAAUAGGAGCGUCGCAGCCACAUAAUCAGAAAGAGAGAAAGGGGAGCUCUCGCUGCACUUGGCAGGCAAAAAAAAAAAAAAAAAAAAACCUUUCAGUGCGAGGAUAACACUGAACUAUUUGUCGGAGUCGGACUCCAUUGGACCUUCUCCGUCCCCCUCCCCAUCCCCGCUGAGACUUCUGGACUACUCCUCUCGGUCCUCUCCUCACUUUCUUUGGAUUUAUCGCCGCAGAAAGGCGCGCUUCUCCUUUUUUGGAAACAUGUUGGUCGGACGCAAACCGUGCUGGAGGCAAUUGCAAGCUUCUUUUUUCCGACUGCUGUGUCUUAUCCCGACAGGAUUCCCCGUCCGCAGUGUGGAUAUGCAGCGGGCCACCGACAACAUCACGGUCCGCCAGGGCGACACGGCCGUCAUAAGGUGUUACGUUGAUGACAAAUUCUCCAAGGUUGCCUGGCUCAAUCGAUCAAACAUCAUCUUUGCCGGCCAGGAUAAGUGGUCUCUGGACCCCAGGGUCGAUCUGAUUACCAAAGGACAGCUUGAGUACAGCCUGCGCAUACAAAAGGUGGAUGUUUAUGAUGAAGGGUCAUAUACCUGCUCCAUACAGACUAAGCAGCAGCCCAAGCCCUCGAUGGUCUACCUCAUUGUACAAGUUCCAGCCAACAUCUACAAGAUGUCAGAAGACAUGACGGUAAAUGAGGGCAGCAAUGUCACACUCAGCUGCUUGGCCAGCGGCAGGCCGGACCCUCUAAUCACCUGGCGGCUGCUCAACCCCUCAGAGCCACUGGAUGGAGAGGAGUACCUGGACAUCAUCGGUAUAAUGCGAAACCAAGCAGGUCGCUACGAAUGCAAGGCCAGCAAUGACGUCGCCACGCCUGAUGUCAAAUAUGUCAACGUGAUCGUCAACUACGCUCCAACAAUAAAGAAAACCCAGAGCUCGGAGGCCCAGAUUGGCCGCAUGGGGUCGCUGCUGUGCGAAGCCACCGCUGUGCCCACACCAGAAUUCGAAUGGUACAGGGACGACAAAAGACUGUCCAGUUCCCAGAACAUCAAUAUUCAAGUUCUUGGCACUAGUACUAUUCUCAUGAUUCCAAGUGUCACUGAAGAGGAUUAUGGGAAAUAUACCUGUGUGGCCUCAAACCGACUGGGUGUCCAGAACGCCAGCCUCUUCCUCUAUAGACCCGGAACAGGCCGCGAUAUCAACGGCUCUGCCUGCGUCUCUCAAUCACUGUGGCUGUUCCUGGCCUGCUUUGCCUGCCUUCUCUUCAAGUGUUAAUACUUCUCCUUUUCUCCUCCUCCUCCUCUUUCCUUCCACUCGGCCUUUCAACCUUUCCUUCCUUCUGCUCUCCUCCUACUCACCGACAUCCUUACCGCUACCUGAUCACCGACCUUACAGCCCCCAGACUGUUUGCAUUAUUACAAAAAACCUUAUGUGCUGUCAAACACUGCUUAAAGAUAUUAUGUGUCGGGUCAUGAGUAAAACGCUAUAGAAGCAAGAAGAAAAAAAAAACAGAUAUGAAGGACAGAACAAGCAAACAGUGCUCUUUGAAAAAAAAAAAAAUGUGUUGCUCUUUUUAAUAUGUAUGCACUUCUUUGUUUCUGCUAUAUAUCUUGUCUGUGAGGUCUGGGUGAGGUUUAGGGUUUGUUGUACUUCUAUGUCUUAUGGAAUUGAACGCAAAGGUGCCCCACUUAGGAGGAUGCCAACAAUCAUUUGUCUUUAGAAAAUUCCCAGAACCGCGUUAUUAGAAAUUAAAUAUAAUAUUUUAUCGCUAUCCAGUGCGUUAUUGAGGUGCAAGAAUCUGCCAAAUAUGACACGGAGAGAAAGUCAAAGUAAGUUUCUGGAUGCAGCAUUCAUGUUUUCAUAUGGAGCUCCAGUAGAUACGGACAACAACAAAAUAAUUCCAUUUUUUUUUUUUUUGCACCAGGUCUUUAACGAGGCCCUGCGAUGAGGUGGCGACUUGUCCAGGGUGUACACCGCCUUCCGCCCGAUUGUAGCUGAGAUAGGCUCCAGCGCCCCCCGUGACCCCAAAAGGGAAUAAGCGGUAGAAAAUGGAUGGAUGGUCUUUAACGAUUGUGCACAUUAUUCUCAUGGCAAAUAAAAACUAGGUCUAUUAGGAGUCUCACGGAUGGGUCACAUGUUAGGUCCAUACUUGCCAACCUUGAGACCUCAGAUUUCGGGAGG